CAAAUAUCAAGGCAUACAGUCAACAAAACUGUCAAAUGUAGCGCUCACGUCAGAAGAAAUGAAAGAGGAUUAUUGUCUUCAAGAAAACACUGUCCUUCAUUGCUUAGAACCCAUUCAUCUGGACCGUCCAUGUCGUGUCCCAUCCAGAUCCCUCGAGCUACUUAUUCCUGGACUAUUUUACCUUCAACACCUCGCAUAACUUGACAAACGCCAUCCUCUUCCAAAUGGCUGAAACAGCAUCUCGGCCAACAAAUUAUAUCACAAUCCGUACACACAAACCUGCAGACAUAGAAUGGAUCAUCUCCCGCCACGGGACCCUCUACGCAGCCGAAUACAACUUCAACGACAAGUUCAUCUCCCUAGUCACCAAGAUCGCAUCGGACUUUCAGCAAAACCAUGAUCCUACCUCGGAGCGCUGUUGGAUCGCAGAGCGCACUGACAAGACAACCAAUGAGCCAGUGGGCUGCAUGAUGCUUGUCAAGGACGUAGACUCGCCCGAUACAGCCAGACUGCGCUUAUUUCUUGUGGAGCCGAGCGCUCGAGGAACGGGAGUCGGGAGGUCCUUGUUAAAGCAGUGUAUUGAAUUCGCGAGGGAUGUGGGAUACAAGCGGGUGGUGCUCUGGACGCAGAGUAUCUUGGGUUCGGCGAGGAGGCUAUACAAGGCAGAAGGGUUUCAGUUGGUGAAGGAGGAGGAGCAUGAAGGGUUUGGGAUGACGUUGGUAGGGGAGUUAUGGGAGCUGGAGCUAGAGAAGAAGUCUCAGGACGCAUAGUACGCUGUCUAAUUGUGUGACGGCUGCAGUCAAUCCCUGCGUAGGGGAAUGAACGCGAUUGCAACUGCAAAUAUUAUACUUAUCAUGAAGGUAAUUCAGCAAUGUUAUAACGUAUAGGGCACUUUAGUGUAUAUUCG